CAAUACCACCAUACACCCGCAAAGUGUUGGUAUUUUUGGCAUCUAGAUUUUAGAUCUAUAAAUCUAUACUUAUGUAACUGGGACUUCCAUUUUAACGUGUGUGCAUGUCUAUAAAAUAAUAUUAAUCUUUCUAAAUUUGCUUUGAUUUUUUUGAUAGGCGUGUUGAAGUUGUAUUUCUAUUCCUGUUGGAAAAUUCUAGUUCUAGUCAGUAUUCCAUUUGAAGGAAUAAAAAUGGAGAAUGGGACAAAAGCUAAAAAUGGUCAUAGUCAUGCCAUACAAACUGUCACUUUUGAGGAAGUGAGCAAACACAAUAAAAAAGAUGACCAAUGGCUACUAAUUAAUGGAAAAGCGUAUGACAUAACAAACUUUGCCAAGAAACACCCUGGUGGAGCCAAAAUACUUAACCAUUAUGCAGGAGAGGAUGCAACGGAUGCUUGGGUUGCAUUUCACAAUGACAAAGAAAAAGUCGGCAAAUUCCUGCAAAGUUUAUAUGUUGGUGAUGUUGUUGAUCCACCAUUAAGUACUCUUAAAAAAGACUUCAGAGAUCUGAGAGAGAUGGUUGUAAAAAGUGGUUGGCUUAAAUCAGAUCCAUGGUUUUAUCUAUUUCAUUUUUUCCACAUCAUCGGUCUAGAGGUACUUGCGUGGUGCUUGUUAUGGUAUUUUGGAACACAGUGGUAUAUAACACUGGCAGCCAUACUCAUUUUGGCAACAGUUCAGGCCCAAGCAGGGUGGACCCAGCAUGAUUAUGGUCACCAUAGUGUUUUCCCUGACCUCAAGAGAUCACACCUAUUCCAUCAUUUAACUAUUGGCUUUAUGAAGGGAGCCUCAUCUCAUUGGUGGAACUUCCGCCACUUUCAGCACCAUGCAAAACCAAACUUAAUCAAAAAAGAUCCAGAUGUUGAAAUUGCGUAUCUGUUUCUUAUUGGAGACAAGCUUCCUGUUGAGUUUGGUAAAAAGAAGAAAGGUUUUAUGCCUUAUCAAUGGCAGCAUGAAUAUUUUUUUCUAUUGGGACCACCCUUAUUAUUACCAAUUUAUUUCCAUUUUGAGAUCAUUUACUUUUGUCUUAAAAGGAGAGACUGGCUGGACCUUGGACUGGCCAUUGCAUUCUUCAUGAGAUUUUUCUACUGCUACACACCAUUUUUUGGUGGUUGGGGAACAUUUGCUUUUUAUAUGGGCAUGAGGUUUGUUGAAAGUCACUGGUUCACCUGGGUCACACAAAUGAGUCACCUGCCCAACGAGGUAGACAGAGACAGCAAAAAUCUGGACUGGUUCACCUUGCAGCUGAGGUCAAGUUGUAACGUCAAGUCUAGCUGGUUCAACGACUGGUUCACAGGUCACCUCAACUAUCAGAUUGAGCACCAUUUAUUUCCUACAAUGCCUAGAAUGAACUAUCACAAGGUAGCUCCACUGGUUGAGUCAUUGUGCAAGAAACAUGGAAUAGAAUAUCGGAAUAAAACUUUAUAUACUGCUUGUGCUGACAUUAUAAGAAUGUUGAAAAAGUCUGGUCAGUUAUGGUAUGAUGCUUACUAUGAUAAAUAAUAACAUAAAAAUUAGGUUCCUGAAAAAAGUCUUCUUUAAAAAAUGUACAUUAUAGGAGCUCUCAUGAACUAUUAUAGAACAUACUAAAAUGUUUUUACAAGUUCUUUUUUUUUCUGCUAGAAUUGUUUUUAGAUCUCAAAUUUGGUGUAUUGAUUUUGUUAGCUACAUAUUUUUUAUGUUAUUAUGUGAUUGUUAUUCUAUUUGUAUUAUUUUAAUAUGAAAAUGUUUCUUUUAAAGUGCAGACACAAUCAAAUUGUACAUUAAUUUAUUGCAUAUAGGGCUUACAUUAAUUUUUAAACAUAUUCUUUUCUAUUCUAUUGAUCAUUUUAAGUUGCAUUUUAUGAUUUUAUGACCACAGGGUAUAACUUUUUAAUUUACCUUAACUCUAAUUUUCACUGCUUAUAAUUAAGCUUCUUUCUAUGUAUAUGCUUAUUAUAUUUUUCUUAAACUAUUUUAGGUUUUUUCCUUUUUUAAAUGCUUGUUUUUGUAAAAAGAAAUUUUUUUUUAAUGCGGCAAUUUUUGUCAGCUUAAAUUAUGGAAUGAUUAUUAUAAUUCUGCAUUUCAUUAUUUUCUUCAGAUGUUGUACCAUUUACUCUUGGUAAAUACAAGUGAGCAGUAUUUUAAAAACAUCUAUUCGUAUAGUAUGGGAAAUCAAUGCACAAAAACUAAGUGCAGACCCAACAAGAGUAUUGUUAUAAUUUUAUGCAAUAUCACUAGUCUUAUAGGAAGGAAUUAACUUAAAUUUUGUUUAAGAUAACCUUUUAUCAGAUAAAUAGUAUUGAUGAUAUCCAUUCAAUUUGUGAUGUUAUGUUCUAACUUAACCAGAGUGGACUUAGAUUUUGACUUUUCCUCCCUCCCAUUUACAUACUUGUAUAUUUUUUAAAUCCAAUUUACUGCCUCUCUCUACAUAUCUAUAAAUAUAUUAAUUUAAAAAGAAAAAGUGAUGCUGGGAGAUGAAAGUCCCUAAGCUAAUGCUGCUGUAUCUCAGUUUUGGCUUGAAAGCUGUGAAAUUACCAGAAUUAAGAUUGUAAGGCAGUAUUUUUAAUGUCUAGAUAACCUGUAACACAUAGGAGAAUCCUACCAUCACGUGGCAAAUUAGAUGUGAACAGAAAUUUUUUCUCACACUUGUUUAUGUUAAUCUCAAUGCUUAAACUCUUGACAGAUCAAUUUUGUGUAAAAAAAACUACGUUUUUGUAAAAUAUUUUAUAUAUUUUUUGUUUUAGCAGUUCUAAAAUUAAUACACAAUUAUAAAAAUGUUUUUAAAAACUUUUCAUACAAAGCGUGAAUUUAUAAAAUCAGUUUUAUACAACCUCAGGCUAAUCAACUUUCCUUGUACUUUUCAAUCAGCAUUGUACAUUAUUUAUUGAUUAAUCACACAAGUAAUAUUUAUAUAAUAUAUUAAAUACAUAGCUACAUCUUGUGCUUGUUUGAUCAAAGUCAUGUACCUAUUCUGUGAUAAUUAUGCCAUUUUUAUAUUUUGAAAUAUAAUAAUGAAAAUAUAUAAUUUAAUUGCAUUAGAAAUUUUAGGUUAUUAACACAUUUUUAGAUUUUUUAGUCUCUAAGAUUUUUUUUUAUGUAUCCAGUGUGUUGGUUUAUGUAUUAUUUUUAUCAAAUCUGUUAAUGAAGUAUUGUAUUAGGUUUCUGUCACAGGUCCAUCAGCUGCUGUAUUAUCUGGGUUUUUGCUGAUACCCAAUCUGUUAUUUGACUUGUCAGCUUUUAUAAAACAGGAGAAAAUUCACAUCACCAUUGCCUGCUAUCUCAAUCCUUAAUCCAUAACAUAAGACCCUAGUGUUUAAUGUUCUAUUAUAAAAACACUGAGUUAUUUAAGUAUUUUCCCUUGCCACUGCUCUGUAUAAAUCAGAUUGUACAUUCUUCCCAUUAAAAUAAUCACUGCUGACAAAUUUAACUGACAUAUUGUUUUUUUAUAUGAACUUAUUUUUUUACACACUAUCUCACCUCUAUUGUGUUUGAUGCAAUAAAUUAGUCAAUGUCCAGAUAA